GAGGGUUAGUUAUGCGAGGGAGGGGUACGAGGCGGGGCCGGCCUGGCCCUUUUAAAGGUCUGCAAGGGGGCGAGGGCGGCGGUGCUCCUCGUCAGUCUGCGGAGGGGACCAGGUGCCUUCUGAUGGUUCCAGUUGGAGGCCUACAGUUGUAGCGAGUGCCCACCCACCCCCUCCCUUUUCCUCUUUUCCUUCCCCCCUCCCCUCCCUCCCUCAUCUGAAUCUCCCCCCCUCCCCACCACACAUGUUGUUGUGUACUUGCACUCACUAAUGACAGCGUGGAUCAUCCUCCCCAUUAGCCUCUCUGCCUUCUCGAUCACUGGAAUAUGGAUUGUGUAUGCCAUGGCAGUAAUGAACCACCAUGUGUGUCCUGUUGAGAACUGGUCAUAUAAUGAGUCCUGCUCUGCUGAUUCUGCCAAGCAUGGAUACCCCAAAAGCUGUUGCACCUUGGAGGAUGUCCCUUUGAUCAGUAAAUGUGGCACGUAUCCUCCUGAAAGUUGUCUCUUCAGUCUUAUUGGGAAUGUUGGGGCUUUCAUGGUGCUGGUGAUCUGUUUCCUGCGCUAUGGGCAGCUGAUAGAACAGAGCCACAGUUCCUGGGUGAACACAACUGCGCUGAUCACAGGCUGUAUCAACGCUGCUGGCCUGGUUGUGGUCGGCAAUUUCCAGGUGGACUAUGCCAAAUCCCUCCACUACAUCGGAGCCGGUGUGGCCUUCCCGGCAGGCCUGCUUUUUGUCUGCCUUCAGUGUGUCCUCUCCUACCAUGUUGCCAUCUCUGUCCUGGACUUCUGGGUGGCACAUCUACGUGUCUUCCUUACCACUGUGGCCUUAAUUUCCCUUGUCCUGAGUGGAAUCUUCUUCAUCCACGAGAGCUUCCUUCUGCAGCACCUGGCUGCCAUCUGCGAAUGGGUCUUCGUCAUUGACAUCCUCAUCUUCUACGGCACGUUCACCUUCGAGUUUGGUGCCGUCUCCAAUGACACCAUGGUGGCUGCACUGCAGCAUUCGAACAGCAGGGGGUGCAAAUCACCAGGAAGCAGCAGCACCUCAACUCACCUUAACUGUAACCCUGAGAGCAUCGCAAUGAUCUGAAGGAAACGGGUGGGGGUGGCUUUGCUUUUCCAUCCCACACCCGGCAGCUUUGGUGAGCUGUCUUUUUUUUCCCCCAAUGGGGGAAGAGGGGCACCUUUUCCCUCCUGGCGAUUUUAAUUUUGUACCAAAAGAUUUUUUAAAAAAGAAAAAUAUUAUUGGUGCCAACACUCCCCCUCUAAUUCCCCCCUGUCGUUGCUCAGUGCUGCACUCUUAAGGGAGGAAAGACAGUGCCUGUUUGUCGUAAGAGCACUGGGUGGCAGGAAGCAGAACUCUCAAAUAAGCCCCCACCUAUAUAGCUUGGAUCAUGACAGCCUUCCCUGAAAACCUGUCCUUGCUGGCAGCUAAGCUUUCUCACCCAACUACUGCACACACACACACACUCUGGGUGUUGGACUACAGUUCCCACCAGUAUGGCCAGGUGAUGCUGAGGCUGCUGGGAGCUGUAAUCCAAUGCGCCUGGAGGGCAGCAGGAGGUUGGGGGAGGUUGCUGCAUAGCCUGACCCUCUUGCUGCCCCCCCCCCCCCAGGGCCUGCAGACUGGUGCCAAAGGAAACGCUGUUUCCAGAUUCAUUUACAAGCAGAGCCAGACUCAUUUCCCACAGGUGCUUGGGAUUGUUUGGGUGCCUGCAGACAAUGGCUGCUCUUG